AUGAAAGCAACAGAUUAUGAAAAAGUCGUUAAACGAAAUUUGUCUCGAGAUUUUCAAAAAUAUUUGAUACCAACUCCUCCUGAUUCAAAAAAAAAGCAGUUAAAAUUAGAAAUUGAAGGGAAAAGGAAAAUUGACUUCUCCUUACAUAAUUCACUUUUGGUAGGUAAUGAAAAAAAGUAUCAAAAAUCUGAUUCAAGCCCAAACUUGAAUUUAGUUAAAAGAAUGAAGAAACUUGAAGAAGAAAAGAAAAUUAUCGAAAAAAUGAUUAAAAAUGUAGGUAAAGACAGAAAAGCACAGUUAAGCCCGAAGAAAUGCAAUUUAAAUUUAAGUAAAACUGAUGCAAUUAAAGAAAAUGUUGAAAUUUUAAGAGAGCUUUAUGAGACAGCAGAUGAUGAAGUCCAAGAACAAAAUGAAGUUCAAUUAAAAUGCCAAGAAAAGCUUAACGGUAUAAAUGAUGCAGUCAAAACAGUUAAUGACAGCUUAGAAAAGCUUUAUCAAAGCAUUAUUUGUCAUAAAAUUUUUGAUUCUACACACGAAAAAAUGACAUCUUUUGAGUAUGAAAAACAAUUUGACUUGGAGAUCUUAAAAGAUUUAGGCAAUAUCGACUGCAAAAGGACUAAAUUUCAUCACAAAAUUUACCCGAAAUUAAAUUCCUUAAUUUAG